CAUAAAUAUGAACACCAUGCAAUUUGUUUGUUAAAAUUGUUUUAUAAGUUUGCUUUUUUUAUUAAACAAAAUAAAAUAUUUCACUAACUUUAUUAUAUAUCGAGAUGUUUGGAAUAAUCUCCAAGAAUCUCUACCGACAAUUGUAUACAGCUGACAUUUCACAUAAGCUGCUAACUUCUGUGAAAUAUUCUCAAAGAGUUGCUCUACGUCCAAAAAAAUCCAAAUCUGACCGAAAGGAGAUUCAAUAUUUUACUGAUGCAAAACAAGUCCGGGUAUUGGGUGGCAAAGGUGGUGACGGAUGUAUAAACCUGCGUCAAGUGUGGUGUAACGAACGAGCUGGCCCCGAUGGUGGUGACGGAGGAAAUGGUGGUCACAUAAUUUUCGAAGCUUCAAAUGACGUGAGGAACUACAACCAUGUCACCAGUAUACUCAAAGCCGACGAAGGAAUUCGAGGCAAUACAAAUGAAUGUCAUGGCAGGAAUGCUAAACACACUGUCAUCAAGGUUCCUGUUGGGACAAUCAUACGGGAUGCUGAUGGAAAAGUUGUCGGAGAUCUGGACAAGGAAAAAGUUAUGUUUGUGGCUGCCCGAGGAGGCAGUGGGGGAAAGGGGAAUAAGUUCUUUGCCUCUGCUCUGCAUCAAACACCGAGGAUCUGUGAAUAUGGGGCAGAUGGAGAGGACUUAACCUACACACUAGAGUUGAAAAGUAUGGCUGAUAUUGGAUUUAUUGGGUUUCCGAAUGCUGGAAAGAGUACCCUCUUAAGAGCGAUAUCUAGAGCCAAGCCAAAGGUAGCUUCAUAUCCCUUUACGACCUUGAGACCACACAUUGGAAUGAUACAAUACGAUGAUUACGAACAAGUGGCAAUAGCAGAUCUGCCAGGUCUCAUUCCCGAUUCCCACAAGAACAAGGGUCUGGGUAUACAGUUCCUUAAGCACGCCGAACGGUGUUCGGUGCUCAUGUUCGUUCUAGACGCUUCCGGAGAGGAACCCUGGAAACAUUACGAGAUUCUCGACAAUGAAAUCAAUCAGUUCAGUAAGCAGUUGGGUCAACGGCCGCGUAUAAUCGUUGCCAAUAAAAUUGACGAACCCGAUGCGGAAUUUAAUGUCAAGGAAAUUGAACAAAAACUUAAUCAACCCGUGAUUGGAAUCAGUGCAAAGAUGGGAACAAACCUGGCGCAACUCUUAAAGGUUAUUCGAGAGUACUAUGACGCUCAGAGGCGGAAGAACAUGGAAGGAAAAUCAAAUUAGUAGCACAUAAAAAACUCUUUAUGUAAUUUGAAUCUAGGUUUUUAGUUAUUCGUUUAUUCUAAAAAAUAGGAAAAUAAAGUAUUUGAGAAGAAACGUUUGGCAGAGAA